CUCAUUUCCCCCCAAGCUCCAGCUCUUGCGUCUCAUGCACUGGACCAAUUGGGCAUGCUGAAUUAUUUCCUUAGCGAUUUAGAAAAUGGCAAGUUCAAGUGCUUUCCCAACAUCAACAGAGGCCACGGCCGCGCAACAACCUCCCGCAAUGGAUAUUGACAUGGAUCUCGAUUUGGGCCCGGAUUAUGAUCCUACAGCAAUGGAGGCUGAAAGUAUGGCUACGGAUCAUCAGCUUGCCGGGGAAACUUCUGCUGUCGAAGCCUCAGUCACACAAGCAGAGGAUGCGCCACAACUAACACCACACAAAAUUUACAUUCGCGGCUUGGAUGAGCUUUCGACAGAGGAUUUGAAUGCCUUUUCAUCGGAGCAUUUUCCUUCGAAUGCACCAACUCGCAUCGAAUGGAUCGAUGAUACAUCUGCUAAUUUCGUUUUUCCGACGCCGGCCAUUGCUCUUAAGGCAUUGGUUUGCUUUUCAUUAAUUCCGAAUGAGGAACCAUCUUCUCUACCGACCAGUCAGCUUCGACCUGCAAAAUCUUUGGCAUCCCACCCGGAGUCGACUCUUCAAGUCAGGUUGGCUACCGUCACCGACGUUAAAAAGCCCCGAGCCUAUGAAGCAAGUCGGUUUUACUUGAUGCACCCUGAGCAUGACCCGCGGGAGUAUCGAGGACAGAAAAGCAACGAGGGUCAUAGAGGGGAUGAGGGUGCGCGGCGAAAAUAUGAUGGGAGAGAGCACCGACGCCGGCUCCGGCAGGACGAAGAGCACGGCUUUGACGUUGGAUUGUAUGACGAUGAACCACGGGCAAGAAGGCGCAGGUCAUUAUCCAGUGAUUCUUCUCCUGAUGUAGAAAGAAGAUCUCGUGCCGCUGGAAAAGAGCUCUUCCCAACAAAACAGACUGGGAACAAGACAGGGUUGCUCCGAAAUAGGAGCGCUUCGCCUGGGUGGAAUGGCGCAGACGAUGGCACUUCACAUAGAAGCAGACACCGUCAACGAUCUCCGCCACUCUCUCGCGUGCGGGAUCAGGAUCGUUCAGUUUCAAAUAGAGGGAAAGAAUUGUUCUCCGGUCAGGGCGGCGUAGGGACAGACAUAUCUGGUGAAAUCCGCGGUCGCGGGAAGGCUACUGCUACCAACGGUGGAGCCUUGGCCUCUGAUGCAUCGGUUUUGCCGGAUGGCCGCGAACUCUUUCCAAACAGAGCUGGUACGAGCAGACAUCGUCGUUCGGGUGCAUUCGACGCUGCAGACGAGACUGGGGAUUUGUUCAAAGGCCGUCUAUCGAGCUCUAUGCCUAGAUCGAAUCCGAAUAAUCAACACUCAGCGUCCCUUAGCUUCGAAGAUAGGGUUUCCAUGCCCGCAUCUGCUGUUGACUCCAGGCCGUUGGAGGGCUUCAGUUUCCGCGGAGCGGCCAAGCAACAACAGGAUCCCGGAAUGUCUAUUCGAGGUGCGGCUGUAGUCCCAGCACCGUCUCACGCGACUGAGCUGUUUCCCAGAAAACUUGGCGGCAAUUCAAACAGGGAACUCUUUGCGGACAAGUUGGAGGGAAGAGGAGGACGACGGCAAAGGGCCGAAGACAUGUUUGCUUGAACGAAUAGCGCUAUUUUGGUUGUGGAUUCUUUGUACUUUAGUUCAUGUAUAUAUUAUUCCCCGGGUUGAAGAUGGACUUCGGCGUUUCAGGGAGCAAAAUAUCUGGAGUGUGUGGUUGCUCUUAUACAUCAGAUACCUGGGCGAUUGAGUUGGAUUUAGCAUUCCCUUUUGAGUUUUUUUUGGGGCAACACUCGAAUGGAUAACCAUCUAUAUUCUCGCUAGUAAACUGUAGUGACUGGUCUCUUCCCGUUUACCACCAGGUUGUCAGCUAAACUGUUUUUCUACGCGGCGACACCUU